GAUUCCUGCUCUGCUCUCAGUGUGACUCUCUUGGUAACAGAAAUCUGUGUUGUCAAACGUUGCUAAGGAAGUACACUGUUAAAUUAGCCUCUGAGACCAACAGUUUACACAAGGUGUCUUGUAAUUUAGCAAUGAGAGAGUUUUAUCCGCCUGACCAAAGCUGGUGUGAGACAUGAGGAGAGGAUGACUGAGAAUGGAGAGGACUGUCCCCUCCAUCAGUCUGACGAGGCUCCUGGUAAAGGAAACUCAGUUGGCAAUGACAGCAAGCCACUCAAGACCUCCUUAGUAGAUGUCACAUCCCCCAGUGAGCACAAUGAUGAGCUUAAACUUGCUGCUGCUGCUGCUGCUGCUGCUAGAAACGCAGGUGGAGAGAUCAGUCCAUACCAGCCUCGACCCCCUUUACUACCAAGGCUGUCAAAGUCCAGCAGAAGUGGCUCCAUAGAGGAGACAGUGAGAACCAGGAGGCUGAAGAACAGCCAGGAGAGUCUAAGUGACCCGACUGAGACUGGCUCCUCCACAGACUCACUUAGAGAGGACCAAACGGUUCCACCUCCAGGCAGGUUUGUUUUUAGUGGUGACGCCACCGUCAGGAACAGCCAGGACUCCAGUAUAAGACCCCGCUCUGCUGCUACCACAGGUUCCCCAGUCUUCCGGGACAGAGGCAGCAGCCUCUCCGAGUAUGAACGGCGGCCUCGCAGCCAGCAGAGCGACCCCACGGAGCACCGGGGGAGGUCCGCCAAGCUGCGCCUGUCCCCGGUGCAGCCCACGGGGCCGCUGCCUGCUCUGGAGAGGAGCUUUGCGUCAGCCACUUUGAGGGCAGCUAAUAGGAUUGACAGGGAUUGCUUGGAUUACGCCGUGUUGGCCAGAGAGAAGCUCGGGGAGAGACUCCACAGGAACCUGAGCGACAGCCGGCUUCUGGAGAACAUGGGCUCUGACAGCGCCUCUGUCAACUCCAUGAGGUCCACCUACAGCGUGCUCAGCCCCAUCAGACCCCAGGAUGUCAGGAACAGGAGCUUUCUGGAGGGCAGCGUGCUGGGAAGCGGUGCCUUGCUCGGGGCCGAGGAGCUCGACCGCUACUUCCCCGACAGGAGAGUGGGCGUCUACAUUGCCACGUGGAACAUGCAGGGAGAAAAGGGCCUUCCAACCAACUUAGAUGAUCUCCUCCUUCCAACUGACUCUGAAUUUGCACAAGACUUUUAUAUAAUUGGGGUCCAGGAGGGCUGUCCUGACAGGAGGGAGUGGGAGACCCGUCUGCAGGAGACUCUGGGACCUUAUUACGUCAUGCUCUAUGCAGCAUCACAUGGUGUUUUGUAUCUCACUGUAUUUGUCAGAAGAGACCUCAUCUGGUUCUGCUCAGAGGUGGAACACGCCACCGUCACAACCAGGAUCAUCUCUCAGAUCAAGACCAAAGGGGCCGUGGGGAUCGCCUUCACCUUCUUUGGCACUUCGUUCCUCUUCAUCACAUCCCAUUUUACCUCUGGAGAUUCCAAAGUUUACGAGAGGAUACUCGACUACAACAAGAUCGUCGAGGCUCUAGCUCUUCCCAAAGGCCUUCCAGAUACCAACCCGUACCGCUCCACACCAUCCGACGUCACCACGAGGUUCGAUCAGGUCUUCUGGUUCGGAGACUUUAACUUCCGGCUGAGUAAAGAUCGAGCCGACGUGGAGAUGAUGAUGAGCCAAACAGGAGAUGGAGAUAAGAGUCUUCUGUUGGAGCACGACCAGCUGUCCAAGGAGAUGAAGGACGGUUCAAUCUUCAAAGGCUUCCAAGAGGCGCCGAUACAUUUCUACCCCACGUACAAAUUUGACAUCGGCUGCGAUAUCUACGACACUACGUCUAAACAGAGAACACCCUCAUACACAGACAGAAUCCUGUUCAGAAACAGGCAGACUGAUGACAUCAAAGUGAUCAAGUACACCAGCUGCUCCAACAUCAAGACGUCAGACCACCGGCCCGUCAUCGGUGUCUUCCAGGUCAAACUGAGGCCAGGGAGAGACAACAUUCCUCUGGGGGCCGGACAGUUCGACCGAGGCUUGUACUUGGAGGGCAUCAGGAGGAGGAUCACCAGGGAGCUGAAGAGGAGGGAGGCCAUGAAGAACCAAAGCAGCAGCACCAUCUGCACCAUCUCCUAAACUCUUUAAUCCAGACUGGACUGGAUCACAGCUGUGCCAGAAAGAGGCAGGUGGAGGAGGAAACAAAAAAAAGGACCAAAAAAAGGAAACCAGAGUUGUCUUAACUACACAGGGCAGAGUCGUGAGCAGCGCUGGUGAAGCUGGCUGGACUUGAGGGCAGGGACCUUGAGGUCAGACAGACGGCCAGAGGUUUUCAGUUUGGCCUUUAUUUAUUCAGCCCUCGUUACUCAAACACGACCGGGACAGAAGCGAGGGAGGAGGGUCGCCGCCGUGGCUUACUGCUCAGUUGUGGGCCGAUUUAACCUUACAGACUCUGCAUUUCCUGUUCGUUUCAUCGGUGUUUAAGAAGCAUCAUGAACCGCAAAGUUAAGUUUACUGAAUGCUACGUCAGUGUUCAGAUGCCUUGUGAUAUUUUCGCCAUCAAAUUGUGCACUAAACCCGGUAAACAUUGAGGCGUUUGACUUGAAUUUUGCUCCAGUGUUUUGUAGGGGAAGAUACCGAGAGCAUGGCACUGAUGAAUGAGGUUACAACUGUUAAAUAUCAGGGAGAUCAACUAUAUUUAUCGCUUUCGUUAAACUUCUCUUAAAGGAACUGACUUCUAUAUAAAUAUAUAAAGCAUUUUAUUUAUACUGUACAAGCCUGUUACUACUUUCUUCUCCUAUUAGGCCAAGUGAUCUUUUGCUAAACACUAAAUGAAUGCCUUACCUCUCAUCUCACUGCUGUGUAACCUCAUAUAAACUGUUCAUGUACUGUAUGUAGCACAUUAAUGGACUUGCGUUCCCAGCAUGAAGAGCUCCUAAAAAAGUGCCUGUGAGUCUUGUUUUCACAUCAUCUGGACUGUAUAUCUGUAUCUUUUUCAUGUAACAUCCCAUAAUAAACAUUCUACUUGUU